GUCCCGGGGCUAUUUUGGUCCAUCUUUUUUAUCACACACUCCUCCCUUUGGAAUCCACCCAGCUGAAGCCUUGCAGCCUUCACUCGGAGAGGCAGCGAGGGCUGGGAAGGAAGGAGGGAAGGAGGGAAGAAGGGAAGGAAGGAGGGAAGGAAGAAGGGAAGGUGCCCAUCCUGGACACGCCAUGGAUACCCGCACCGUGCCCCACGCCUACCCCAUGAGCUCCGAGUACGAGUUUGCCAACCCCAGCAAGAUCUACGACCAGAACUUUGGAGAAGGUGUGUCCCCAUCGGAGAUUUUAGCCCCUGCCCUGUACCACGGCUACUACAUCCGACCCAGGAUCAACAAGCAGCUGGAGAGGGGCACCUCGGAGAUCUGCCUGAACGAGCACAAGUUCCAGGUGUUCCUGGACGUCUGCCAGUUCCUGCCCGACGAGCUCCGCGUGCGCACCGUGGACAACCUGCUGGAGGUGGUGGGGCAGCACCCGCAGAAGGCUGACCGCCACGGCUUCAUCUCCAGGGAGUUCACCAGGACCUACAUCCUGCCCCUGGACGUGGAUCCCUUGCUGGUCAGGGCCACCCUGUCCCACGAUGGCAUCCUGAGCAUCGUGGCUCCCCGGACAGGCAAGGAGGUGAAGGCCAGAGUCAACGAGGUGAAGAUAACGCAGCAGGAGCAGCCAGUGGGGGAAGAAGAACGGGCUGAGGAAGGAAAAGAGAAGGAGAAAUCCUAAAGGACGCAGAUGUGGGAAGGUGGGGGGGGACAGGGAUGGGGAAUCUGCAAUGCCAGACCCUUAUUUCUCACCAUCAGUGUUCAGCAGGGCCCUGAGCAGCCAAAGUUCUGCUUCUCAAGGGUGAUGACUGGGGGGAAAAAGGGAUUUGGAAGUGGAAAAAAGAGUGGGACUGAAGUGUGAGUGUGAGUGACUGCAAUGCAAGUUUUCUCCUAGGUCAGGUCAGCCCAGGGUCACUCCUGCCCUUCCCUGUGAGGCUGUGUCUCACUGGACUGUGCUCUAGCCCAGAGGGGCACUGGGAAGAGAGAAAAGGGGAUCCCAGUGCCUGGCUUCUGAGCUGGACGCUGAGUUUCGUGGCUGUUGGUCUGUAAAAGUGUCUGCAGCAAGCAGGAGGAGAGAGGAAUAAAUCUGCCUCUGCUCUUCUCUUG